AUGUUUUUAAUUGAUCAUAAUGAUACUAAAUGUAAUAAUAUUGUCAGUGAUUCAAAGGCACAAUUCUGUGCAGGAGUACCUUAUACUAGCACAGGUGAUUUUGGUGGUCCAAUAUUUCAUUGGAUCGAAGAUCAUUGGGAACAAGUUGGCAUUGCAUCGUUCAGACCCGAUAGUUGUAGAAAAAAUUCUGCUAUUGUUUAUACACGAAUUACAUAUUAUCGUGAUUGGAUUGAAGAACAUAUAAAAAUGAAUGAUGAAAUUACAGAAGAAAUACCUUUCACAAUAACUCUUCCACCAACAGAUAUAACAGACAUACCUUCAACUACUUAUCUAUGUGAUAAAUAUGCAGUACCAUGUGGUUGUAGUCGUCGAAAUGUUCAAUUUCCUCAAACAAAUAUUAUCACAGCUAAUGAAGCAAUACCCAUAUAUGGAACAAUUUUAUCUGAAUCUUAUAUUUUAACAUCUGCUUCUUGUAUUGCUAAUGUACCAUUAUUUAGUAUAAGUAUUGUAGCUGGUAUUCAUAAUUAUUCAGAAGACGAUGCAACAUAUCGAAAAGUUGAUCAAAUAUUUUUCCAUCGAGAUUAUAUAGGAAUAUCAGAUAAUUAUGCAAAUAAUAUUGCAAUACUGCAUAUGUCUCAACGGCUACUUCUCAUUUUCGAACAUAAAGAAAAUAAAUUUAAGUAA